AUGGCCAAUAAUAAUCCAAAGGAAAAGGGAAUAUCUAUCAACGACAAUGAUGGACCAGGAUCUCAGCUCCAUCAGUCCACGAGUACUGCUGGCCAAGGACUAAAACAGAUCAGACCAUCACAUGACAAGGGCAAACCUGUAGUUGAAGUCCCUAUAUUCAUUCCAACACCUCAGAGUAAAUCAACUCUACAGAUCAGACCAUCACAAGUUUUCCCAAGUCCACCUGCAACAAUACCACCAUUGUACAGGCCUCCAAGAUCUGUUUAUAUAUCAUCUGGUUCUCCACAUGUUAGCUUCCCAAGUCCACCUGCAAUAAAACCACCUCCACGCAGGCCUGCUUCUCCUUCUUUCAGUCCUCAACUGCAACUGUCCCAAUUCAACGGUGCAUUAUCUCCAUCAGUACCUUCACCUCAAGCACCAAAUGCUCCAGCAAGAAUCAAGCAUACAUCUUCUAUAAGACCUAACCAAGAAAGUAUCACUAGGGAGACUCUCCUUGCAGCAAGUAGGGUCACUAGGAGUAUGAUGAAGAAGAUGGGUUCUUCCAGUCAAGAACAAAUAGGAAAGUUCAGCAAGCAAAUCAGUACUGAUUGGAGAACAAGUAGGAAAGCACAUCAGAAAGAUAAGGAGUAG